AACGCGUACUACCCAGCCUCACCGCCAAAACACUAUUCACCAUGAAAAUCGAAUGACUGGAGACGCGUUCGAACUUUUAAAAAAAAAGUUUUACAACAAUGCAGUUCAUGGACUCACGGGUAUGGAGUCUGUUCAAAAGCAACUGGCAAUAUACGCUAACUUACUGGAGUGCGUUCUUCAGUUUUGGGUUAUGCGUGGCAUUUCUAGGUCCGACCAUCCUGGACCUGCGCUGUCAAACGCAUUCAAGCCUGCAGGAGAUUACCUGGGUCUUCUUUACGCAGCAGUUAUUCCUCUUUGUUGGCAGCUCAAUUGGUGGCUUCUUCAAUAAAUCACUGAGAUGCUCGUUGUCAGCGCUGGCUGUGUGCACCCUGCUCAUCUCGGUAGUCUUCGCCAUGAUUCCCCUCUGUCACAGGGUGCUGGCACUGGCCGUCGCCAUGGCAGUGGCUGGACUGGCCAUGGGGAUCAUCGACACCAUAGCCAACUUUCAGCUGGUUAAACUUUACCAGAAAGACUCCACCGUUUUCCUUCAGGCACUCCACUUCUUUGUUGGACUGGGGGCAUUGUUGAGUCCUCUGAUUGCUGACCCGUUCCUGUCUGAGACGCCGUGUGUGCUGUCCAAUGGCACAGCCCACACCAACAACACGAUGCGCCACAUCAGAAACACACUGAGCGGAAUCCGCACUCAGAACAUGUCCCAGUUCCCGUUCCACACCGAGGGGGAGGCCGUCACAAACGUCUCCUACGCUUUCUGGAUAAUGGCUCUGAUCAAUCUGCCUGUUCCGAUAGCCGUGUUUGUGCUCAUGUACAGAGAGAGACUGAUAGGCUGCGGUUCCGGCGCCAGAACUCGUCUGCUGGAGGGAGACACGUUGGCCAUGAGGGCCCAGGGCUCUUCUGCCUCGACGACCACCCCAUCCCAAAGCAGCAUAGAUAACUUGAGCCUGUUUAGCUGUUGUCGUUAUGGUGACCUAACUGGACAGCCACUGGGGUUUGUUGCCAUCCAUGUCCUGGCAGGGAUGGUGCUGUUCUUUUCAGAUGGCAUUGUGGGUGCCUACGAGGGGUUUGUGUACUCGUAUGCUGUGGCUGAGCCCUUGUCUAUGUCCCAUAAAACAGCUGGUUAUCUGACCAGUGUAUUUUGGGCAGCCAUCACAGCUGGCCGACUGGCAGCCAUUCCCCUGUCAUAUCGCUUUGCGGCCAGUCGCCAACUCACUGUCCACCAGAUAGGAGUGAUGUGCACCUUGUUCAUGCUGCUCAUGUUGUACACCAGUCCGGCGUUCCUGUUCAUAGGCACCCUGGUGCUGGGCCUUUCCAUCAGCGCUGUGUAUCCCAGCAUGCUGGCUUUCACUGAGGACAUGCUCAACUACAGAGGUUGUGCCACCACUUUGCUAGUUACCAGUGCGAGCAUGGGUGAGAUGUUUCUCCAGCUGCUCGUGGGAUGUAUGAUGCACAGUCAGGGAAGCUACAGCUUCAUGGUGUGUGGAGUCAUCUUCAGCGUCCUGGGCCUUAGCUCAUACCUCUUGCUUCUGUACUGCCGGCGGUUUUACAUCGCCCAGUCCACAGGUGACGUGGAGAAGAAGACAAAGGCAGACAAUGCAGACGUGAAUGGUGUGAGCCACUGAGACGGAGGCGUGGCAUCAGAGUUAUUGUGGCACAAGGAGAGGCCAGGGAGGGAUGAUGAUGAAAAGAAGGGAACUAGAGAAACAUGGCAAGCUGCUGACGACAGGGCUCGUUCUGCUGUGUCACUCACAGGACAUGAAAUUCAUCUCACGACAAAAUCAAAACUGCACACCGAUCAAAGACUAAAUAUGUACAUAAUUACCAGAUUUUACAUAGAAACUAUUGAUUAAACUGUUACAUACUGUAUGCAUUAAUGAAAACAUUUAUUUUUGUAGAAAUAACAACAAUUCAACUCACCAAAUUGCCUCCUGGAGCCUACUGUUUUUUUUUUCAGAUUGUGGAUUGUUUGAGGCUAAGAGCAGGUAUUUCCUGAAAGAAGAAUUAUGACAUAGCAUGAACAUAGCUGACAUUUCCACUCCCCAAUGCUAUGAGAGUACGUUAUUAUGUCUGUUCAUUGUGUCUAGCAGGGCAGU